UCAUUUCAUUUAUUAUCCUCUCCCUUAAACCAUAACCCACUUAAUUUAACUUUCCUCACUCACAUUGCUUCAUCAGAAUCAUACUCCAUUUUUUCUUCACUCUCUCACUUUUUCCUUCCUCCACUUUCUUCUUGUUCUUCAUUGUACUUUCUGAGCUAGAUAAGCCUGAUAGGUGAGAAUUGUAGAGAGAACACAUAAACAAAGAGAGUGGAAAACCUGCUGUUUAUUUUCUUAUAGCCAUUGUUGUUCUCAUUCUCAUGGGAAACAAUAGUUGGCAUGUCAAACAUUUCCAAUCUGCAAAUGGUGAUGAUAGAAGGAACAACUUGAGGAGGAAACAUGAGGGAAGUUUCAUAUACUUGGCAUUUUCUCUGUUUCUUCUGCUAGCUCUGGCUUCCACCAUUCAACCUGUGUCAGGAAGUUUGUGGGAUGGGGUGGUUGUUACUGAAGCUGAUUUUCAAUCUCUGAGGGCUAUUAAGCAUGAGCUGAUUGAUCCUAAAGGGGUGCUGAGAAGCUGGAAUGACAGUGGUUUGGGUGCUUGUUCAGGUGGUUGGGCAGGGAUCAAGUGUGUGAAUGGGGAAGUUAUAGCAAUUCAGCUUCCAUGGAGAGGGUUGGGUGGUCAAAUCUCUGAGAAAAUUGGGCAGCUUCAAGCUCUUAGGAAGCUCAGUCUCCAUGACAAUGCUAUUUCUGGUCCUGUCCCUAUGGCUCUUGGCUUUCUUCCUAAUCUCAGAGGAGUGUACCUCUUCAAUAACAAGCUUUCAGGUUCUAUUCCUCCUUCUCUUGGCAAUUGCCCCAUGCUUCAGUCUAUUGAUGUUAGCAACAAUUCCCUCACUGGUAAAAUUCCUAACAAUUUAGCAAACUCCACUAGGAUAUACAGGAUCAAUUUGAGCUUUAAUUCACUUUCUGGCUCCAUUCCUACCAGUUUCUCCAUGUCUCCUUCUCUGACUAUUCUUGCUCUCCAACACAACAAUCUCUCUGGUUCCAUCCCAGAUUCUUGGGUUGGAAUAGGAAAGAAAGCUUCCCAGCUUCAAGUUUUGACCCUUGAUCACAAUGUCAUUUCUGGAACUAUCCCAGUUUCUCUUAGCAGGUUGUCUUUGCUUGAAAAUGUUUCUUUGAGUCAUAACCAGAUUGCAGGAUCUAUUCCAAGUGAACUAGGUGCACUUUCCAGGCUACAAAAUCUUGAUCUCUCAAACAAUGCCAUCAAUGGCAGCUUCCCUGCUAGCUUCUCUAACCUCUCUUCUCUUGUUUCAUUGAAUCUAGAGAAAAAUCAACUUGAAAGCCAUAUCCCUGAUGCUCUGGACAGGUUGCACAACCUUUCUGUGCUUAACCUGAAGAGCAAUAAGUUCAAUGGUCAAAUCCCACCAACAAUUGGAAACAUAUCAAGCAUUAGGCAAAUUGAUUUCUCUGGAAAUAAAUUUGUUGGAGAAAUUCCAGAUUCCCUUGCCAAACUUGCAAAUCUCAGUUCAUUCAAUGUUUCUUAUAACAACCUCUCUGGUCCUGUCCCAUCCUCACUUUCCAAAAGAUUCAAUGCUAGCUCAUUUGCAGGGAAUCUUGAGCUCUGUGGGUUCACCAGUUCAAAACCAUGCCCUGCACCCUCUCCUCAUAUUCUUCCAGCUCAAUCACCAGAGUCAACUUCUAAACCCCACCAUCACAGAAAAUUAAGUACCAAGGACAUAAUCCUCAUAGUAGCAGGUAUUCUCCUGUUGAUUCUACUAUUACUGUGCUGCUUGUUGCUGUGUUGUUUGAUCAGGAAAAGAGCUGCUUCAAGCAGAAAGAGUGACAAGACUGCUAAGGCGACAGCAUCUGCUAGGAGUGUUGACAAAAGUGCCCCAGGUGGUGGUGAUGUGGAGUCAGGAGGUGAAGCUGGUGGGAAACUGGUUCACUUUGAUGGGCCUUUUGUGUUCACUGCUGAUGAUCUUUUGUGUGCCACUGCUGAGAUAAUGGGAAAAAGUGCAUUUGGAACUGCAUACAAGGCAACACUAGAGGAUGGGAACCAAGUUGCUGUGAAAAGGUUGAGGGAGAAGACCACUAAAGGGCAAAAAGAAUUUGAAGCUGAGGUUGCUUCACUUGGCAAAAUCAGACACCCAAAUCUCUUGGCACUCAGAGCCUACUAUCUUGGACCCAAAGGAGAGAAGCUUCUUGUCUUUGAUUACAUGUCUAAAGGAAGUCUAGCAUCAUUCCUUCAUGCUCGUGGGCCUGAAAUUGUGAUUGAAUGGCCAACAAGGAUGAAAAUAGCAAUUGGAGUCACUAAUGGGCUGUGCUAUCUCCAUAGCCAAGAGAAUAUGGUACAUGGGAAUCUCACAUCCAGCAAUAUACUAUUGGAUGAGGAGACAAACCCUCAUAUCACAGAUUUUGGUCUUUCAAGGCUAAUGACAACUUCAGCCAAUAGCAACAUCAUAGCUACAGCAGGGAAUCUUGGAUACAAUGCACCAGAGCUUUCAAAGACUAAGAAACCUAACACAAAGACUGAUGUGUACAGCCUUGGUGUCAUAAUCUUGGAGCUUCUAACUGGUAAACCACCUGGGGAACCAACCAAUGUCAUGGACUUGCCUCAGUGGGUGGCAUCAAUUGUGAAAGAGGAGUGGACAAAUGAAGUGUUUGAUUUGGAGCUCAUGAGGGAUGCACCAGCCAUUGGGGAUGAGUUGCUUAAUACAUUGAAAUUGGCUCUGCAUUGUGUGGAUCCAUCUCCAGCUGCUAGGCCUGAAGUUAAGCAAGUUUUGCAGCAAUUGGAGGAAAUCAAACCAGAGUUGGUUCCAGAGGAUGAUGGAACUAAGGCCCAAACAACUGAAUAGUUAGUUUAUUUUGAGAGUGUGUCAAGAAAGGAGACAUUUUGAUUACUUGAAUUACCAGAGAAAGGAUAUAUGUUUUUAUUCUUUAUUUAUUUCUUCAUUAAGUUUAUAUGUAUAUAGGUGUGAGGAUUUGCUUACAUUAUUAAGUAUUCUUUUUAACUAGGUGAAUGAAUAAGGUAUGUUUUCAUUCUCUGUUUAAUUAAAUAUUUUUUUUACUUGA